GUUCCGCAGGGCCUCUGGCUUUGGAAAUCGUUUGGCUGCAGCCGCUUCCUUGCAAAAAUGGCGGUGAUGGGGGUACAGCUGGUGGUCUCCUUGCUCGUGGCCAGUAUCAUGCAAAAAAUGGCGCCCCACUUCUCCUUUGCGCGGUGGAUCCUUUGCAGUGGAAGGUUGUUUCGGUACAGACAUCCAACCGAAGAAGAACUGUUUACCCUGGCAGGCAAACAGAAGCCGAAGGCCAGGCGGGAGCGUGGAGUGAUAGACGACAAGCCGCUGUCUGUACCCCGAGAUAUUGAUUUGCAACUCGAGAGCAGCCCCAUCACACCAGUGGAUGCCCUGGUCCUGCGCUAUUUCCUGGAAUAUCAGUGGUACGUGGAUUUUGCUGUGUAUUCGACCUGCAUAUACCUCUUCACUGAGGGCUACUACUGUGUGGUGGACCCCCGGAAAGAAGCCAACAUCGGAAUACUCUGGUGUCUGCUUACAGUCUUCUUCUCCAUAAAAAUCUUCUUCAUGGUGAUGCGUCAUUAUUUCAAAUCCGAGGAGGGGGGGGAGCGCUCGGUCUGCCUGUCCUUCGCCUUCUUCUUCCUCCUGAUCGCCAUGGUGGUCCUCAUAGUCCGGGAAGAUUACUUGGAGUUCGGCCUUGAUACAGGUCUGACCGACGUUUAUGACAACCUGGAAGUGUUCCUAAAGGAGCAAGCUUGGGAGUGGACGAUCCCGGUGACCAAGCUGGGCAUCAAACUAGGCCUGGUGGCCGUCUGCUCCUUCAUUGGCGCCUGCUUGACCUUCCCGGGGCUGCGGCUGGCUCAGACCCACCUGGACGCUCUCAAACUGGCGGCUGACCGACCAAUGAUGCAGCUCCUGCUUCAUGCCAGUUUCCUGGCCCCUGUGAUCAUUGUGCUCCUGUGGGUCAAGCCAAUUUCCCGGGAUCUCCUCUUGCACGCCCCGCUGGGCAAGGAAACAGUCCAAAUCAUGUCGGAUGCUGCCUUCAACUCGUUCCGCCUGUGGGCCAUCGUGGUGCUCUGCCUCCUCCGCCUGGCCAUGAUCCACCACCAUCUUCAGGCGUACUUGAAUCUCGCCCCACGUUGGGUGGAGCAGAUGAAGCGGGAAGCAGGACGGAUCGGUGUGGUGGAGAUCCAGCAACGGAUCACCAGAAUCUACUGCUAUGUAACUGUGGUCAGUCUGCAAUACCUGGGCCCCGUGAUUCUCACGCUGCACUGUGUGCUGCUCCUCAAAACUCUUGGCAACUAUUCCUGGGGACUUUAUCCUGAGCCCGCUUUGAUGUCACCUGCUGUGGACGCUGCCCCCGUUAUCCAGUUACCCUCGACGGACGCCAGCGGGGAGGACGUCCAGGCUGCUGUGGAGCAGAUCACAGGGGCCCUGGGUGCUCUGGGCACGGUCUUCACUCCGCUGUUCUACCGCGGGCUCCUUUCGUUUCUCACCUGGUGGGUAGCUGCCUGCCAGAUUGUCUCUAGCCUCUUCGGCCUCUAUUUCCAUCAGUACCUGGCUGCAUCGUAACUAGGCAGGCCCGGAGCUGGACUUCCUCAGGCCUCCCACCCUGUGCUGCUAUAGCCUUUGUGCCAGGACUCUGAUCUCGCCUGGCUGGCAGGUUGUAUCACAUCCCCUCUGCUGUGUGUGAGUGGGCAAUUCAUCAGUGUGGAGACGGGGCCAGCCGCCUUACCCCAGCAAAGGAGGAAUGCUCUUCACCCGCAGCCCUUCUCCUUUGCGCUGCCUGCUGCAACCUGGGAGUGGCAGAGGAUGGACAGGAACUGGUUCCAGGAUAGCUCUGCUCACCUGUGUAUCUUCCGACCUGAAAGACUCCAAGGGCGAAGCAGGUGCACGUUCCUCUCGGGUGCCCGUGGGGCUGCAGCACAGCAACAACAACAACAUCUCCACUCUUUUGAAAGAAGAUUCUAGUUCUCAGGAGCAUGAAAAUAUCUGACUGUGUGGGCGCUGGGGAAGGGGAGGGCUGCUGUUGUCCCUUAGAGUAGCCAGGAAACAGCUGUAUGCCCUCUGCACCUGCUCAAAACUUGAACUCAGGGCUACCCGACCUUUUUGAGCCUGCGGGCACCUGCGGAGUUCUGACACAAGGUGGUGGGCGCUGCCACAAAAAAUCUCAGGGAGUGACGUCCUGCAUAACUGUAAUAGUAACUCUCCAGCAUUUCAGGCAGAAGUUCUGUCUAACGGGACAACCUGUACAAAUGAACAUAUUGCUUAAAAAUAUUUUUCUUGCAGUCACCAGGGAAGAUCUUUUUGUUGUGGCGGCUGCUGCUACUGACACGAUUUUAGAAAAAUCAGCACAGCCACUGAGAUCUCCAGCGGGCCACGAGGAGAAGCCUCGACUGCCCGCUCUGUGGAAGCACGUGGCAGGCACCGGGAGAGGUGUCAGCAGGCAUCUGUGGGCACGGUGUUGGGGAUCCUCAAGUUAAAUCAGGGAGAAUACAGUCAAUUGGCUGCAGUGGGUGUUCUGGGCAGCAUAGCCGGGGUCUGGUAGUUUUUGCUCCUAACAUUUCACCCACAUCCGUGGCUGGCGUCUUCAGAGACGUGUCCUGGUAAAGGCGUGUUUCUCUCCGUGGCACAAAGCCCUCAACAGUACAAUAAAAGAAAUCUUUAUGCGC